UUUCAGGCAUCGUAUUCGUCAGAAACUGCACGUUUGCUCGCAGCCGAUGAGGGACUUAGCCGUACAACUGACUCUCACCUGCGUUGAAGAACUAAAGAGAUGUGACGUUCAGGGUCGACUGAUCACAAUGACUGCUUCUUGCAUCCCCCCGCUGCUUGACAUGUGAGGCUGGACAUGGACCAGGUGACCUUCUGCAGUGACACGGUGCUCUCGGACGUCCACCUGCUGCACCCGAACGCCCGUCACCUCAUGACCCGCCUCAAUGCCGUGGGCCAGCCAGUUUUCAUUUCACGGUUUAAGAUCCUGUGGGACUGUGAGAAAGAAGACGACGCCGGUGACGGUGGCUCUGUGGUGGACGCCUCUGAGGACACUGGUGGUGUGAGAGGAGGAGGAGAGGAUGAGGAGCGAGUGAUGAGGGAGGAGUGCGGGGGUGGGGCCAGCGCUUUCUUGGAUGAGGACGGAGAUCUGGACGUGGCGCGGAGACCCCAAGACCCCGCCUCCGUGGAACAGGGCGUGGCCAGGCGCGAUGCCAUCUGUCCCAUCAUCCUGACCCAGGGAGGGGGGGCACCCGCUGACGCCAAGGAGGAGGAGGAGAGGCCCGGGGAGGAAGAGGAGCUCAGCAGAGAUGUGCUUACGAUUGAACAUACAAUGGCUACACCCUUAGAAGAUGUUGGGAAACAGGUCUGGCGUGGUGCUUUCCUGCUGGCUGAUUUCAUUCUCUCUCAGCCAAUGCUGUUCCAGGGAGCCACUGUGCUCGAACUUGGGGCUGGGACCGGAAUUACCAGCAUCGUUGCUGCAACACUGGCCAAAAGGGUUUAUUGCACAGAUGUGGGGCAGGAUCUCCUGAGCAUGUGUCAACACAAUGUGACAUUGAACAGACACCUGCUGGGUCCUGCAGGUGAUGGAGUACGAGUGCGUGAACUUGACUGGCUGGGAGACGAGCUCGGCACAGAGGCUGAAACGGAGUUCAGUUGGACAGAGGAAGAUGUGGCUGACCUGCAUGACCAUGCAACCCUGGUGAUGGCAGCAGAUGUGUGCUAUGAUGAUGAGCUUACCAACGCCCUCUUCCGAACGAUAUACAGGCUCACCAGCCACUUCCGCAACCCGAGCACCGUUUACCUGUCCGUUGAAAAAAGGCUGAAUUUCACACUUCGGCGCUUGGACGUGUCCUGCGAGGCGUAUGACCACUUCCGCCGUUGCCUGGACGACCUGCAGGACAUCGCCGAUGGCAAAACCAGGUUCACGGUGGAGCGGGUUGCCCCUCAGUUCCCCCAGUUCUUCUACUAUGAGCGCAUAGAGCAGCUGGAGCUGUGGAAGGUCAUGGCAUCUCCCCUUUAAGGCAGUACCUUUGGGACGGCUGCAGAUAGAUGCUUGUAUUGCCCAUACAAGCUCGGAGAUGGAAAGUUCUGGAACUUUUCUACACUAGUGAAUACCAAUUCUAAACCACCAGGAAGGUCAAUGCUUUAUAAGUUGUGUGUGUUUUGUUUACAGGGGGUUUCUUUUAAAAUAUGUUUUUUUCUAUUACAAGAUGUUUUCUAAGCAAAUAUAUACAGUAACUUCAUUCAUAAAAGCAGAGGUAAAAAGUCCAGGGGUCAGAAAGUAAACGGCCUGUCAUGAGUUUCUUCCACCCAUGAACUCAGCCACCUGAUUUCACUAAUUAGUUCUACCUAUUGGCUGAAGAAUUAUUCUAAUUAGCAAAUCCAGGUGACUUGAACUAAAUACUGGGGAGGACUUUCCAAACCUGGAUUUUCCACCUCUGCAUAAAAGACCCACGCUCAUUGUCCAGUUAAGAUGACACUAUCAUUUAAAAUGAAGAUUUCAGCCAGUGUGCCGCCUUCAUAUGCCGUUAGCUGCCUGCAGUCCUGUGGCAGUAUUCUAACAGCGAGUGUGUAUACGGUCAUCAGCAUACAAGCACCGUUUUUCUGUCGAAGAAAUUGAAUCGGCAUUGAAGCUUUAGCCUCAAAAUAUCUGAAAUGGGCUGAGUGUGGAUUUUUUUAUUAUUAUUUUAUUACAGUCGCAGAAUGUCCUCACACCCUCCCCUCUGGUAUAAUGUGAUUAAGGGAUGCUUUCUUCAGCAGGAUUCACAAUAGAUGCUGAAACCAGACAAUUCAGGAAACAAAUAUAUAGUUUUAGCAGGCACCUGAAGUUUUCCUUUCUCCUGUAAAAGAAGUGUGAAUUUGUCUAACAGAGUGUGGCUUUAUUUUAUUUGUAUAAAAUUUUUUCCAAAAAAAAAAAAUAUAUAUAUAGGAAUUGCAACAAGGUUUGGUAUUACAGUGAAUGUGACAUUUUAAAUAUUUUUAAAUUUACAUGGUUAAGCCAUAUAUUAAUAAAUAAAGAGUUAAUACAUUAA